CCCCGCCCCUCCCUCCCCCUCUCUCUCUGCCGUUAACUGAAAACCACCGUUUCGCCAAAUUUUCUACCUCUACAAAUCCGUGCGGACAACUCCCUCUUCGAAGUCUGUUUCUGGGCUUGCGAAAUCUUGAGGCGGGUCUGGGAUAGAUUUUGCAUAGACCUGCAUCUUUACCUAUAUAUACAAAUUGCCAGGAUUUGUAUAUAUAGGUACAGUGAUGGCGGCGGCGCCGCCGGCGAAGUCGAUCAACAAGGUGUUGCAGAGAGUGGGGGUGUAUGGUUUCGGUGGGAGCAGCCAGAAGAGGUGCAAGUACGAGAUUGAGGAUGACGACAACGGAGGCGAAGGCACGAUGGAGAUGAUGCAAAUUGGCGCUGACCGGCCCAAGAACGUGCUGAUCUUGAUGAGCGACACCGGCGGCGGCCACCGCGCGUCGGCGGAGGCGAUCCGCGACGCGUUCCGGUUGGAGUUCGGCGAUGAGUACGAGGUUAUCGUGAAGGAUGUUUGGAAGGAGUAUACCGGCUGGCCGCUUAACGACAUGGAGAGAUCUUACAAGUUCAUGGUUAAACACGUACAACUUUGGAAGGUUGCAUUUCACAGUACCUCUCCCCGAUGGGUACACUCUGUCUACCUUGCAGCCAUUGCCGCCUUUUAUGCCAAAGAGGUUGAGGCUGGUCUUAUGGAGUACAAACCAGACAUUAUCAUCAGUGUUCAUCCCCUUAUGCAACACAUCCCUUUGUGGGUUCUUAAGUGGCAAGGCUUACAAAAGAAAGUAAUUUUUGUCACCGUCAUCACUGACCUUAAUACUUGCCACCGAACAUGGUUUCACCCUGCGGUCAACAGAUGCUACUGCCCGUCAGAGGAGGUUGCAAAGAGGGCUUUACUUGAUGGCCUAGAAGAAUCCCAAUUGGGUGUUUUUGGCCUGCCAAUCAGGCCCUCCUUUUGCCGUGCUGUUCUUGUCAAGGAUGAUUUAAGGGUUGAACUCGAGAUGGAUCCUGAAUUGCCUGCAGUGUUGCUGAUGGGGGGUGGUGAAGGAAUGGGUCCAGUUAAGAAAACUGCAAAGGCCCUCGGAGAAUCUCUAUUUGACAAAGAACUUGAGAAACCAAUAGGGCAGCUGAUUGUUAUUUGUGGUCGUAACAAAGACCUAGCUUCUACACUGCUCUCGCUUGAGUGGAAAAUCCCGGUGAAGAUUAGAGGGUUUGAGACUCAGAUGGAGAAGUGGAUGGGUGCUUGCGACUGCAUUAUUACGAAAGCAGGGCCCGGUACAAUUGCAGAGGCAUUGAUCAGAGGGCUUCCGAUCAUUCUCAACGACUAUAUUCCUGGACAGGAAAAGGGUAACGUUCCCUAUGUGGUAGAAAACGGUGCUGGUGUCUUCUCCCGGAGCCCCAAGGAAACAGCCAGGCUUGUGGCCGAAUGGUUUAGCACCAAAACAGAUGAACUCAAGAGAAUGUCAGAGAAUGCCCUCAAACUCGCCCAACCAGAGGCCGUUUUCAACAUCGUGAAGGACAUUCACGAACUAUCAUGCCAGCGGGGGCCCCUAGCCAGCGUCCCCUACGAGCUAACAGCAUCGUUCUCCAGCCUAAUUUAACCGAUCAAACCCACAUCUCCCGGUGGGGCUAACAUCUGAUCUACUAAGUAAAUGUGUACAGGUAGUAGACCUCCCAUUAUGUCUCUAUCAUUCUUUGGUAUUGAAAAGUCUUUCUACGCAUUUAAGUUACCAAAUUUUGCUGGGGCAAGAUCAGAUCUGAUGUUUGGAAAGGUUGGGCUUAGUUUCUCAGGUAUUCGAGCAGAAGAGAAGUUUUUAUGGUUGUAUAUCUAGUAUCCUGUUUUGCUGAAUGAAUCCAAAUUUCCAUGUAAUCUCCCUUUGUUCUGUUGCUUCUGGAAGCUUCUUUCAUUGUUGAUACUCCAGUGCUUUCCUUAUUGUCAUUCUCUCCAUGCUUAUACGGCAAGGGUUGUUGAGCUGUUGAAGAUUACUUGUCUUCUUGUGUGAUCUCAACUCUGUUUAAAGAAGGUUGCUUAUCAGCAUCAGAAAUCUGAAGAGAAACCAAUGAUUCAGCCGUACUCUAAGCCAAAUAGCCUAAUAAACGAAGAAGAGCAUUCGACUUGACUAAUCCUCAUUCACAGGGACCAACGAAUGUGGCCGAAUUUUAAGUCUUUAAACAUGUUCUUUUAUUUUUUUAAUAUAAAAUUGUAAGGACAAAAUAGUAAAAUUAUUUGUUUUUAAUUCAAAGGCUGAUGAUAGAAACUAA